AUGAGUAACAGAGGAAUAUUUUGCAGGUUAUGCCUCCUUGUCCAGGAUGCCUAUGGUAUGUUCAGUGAAGUGCAGUUGCAGUCUCUGAGUUCUGCAGAUGACAUUGAGCAGUACUGCAGGAGAUGGGAAGGAAAAUUCUGCUGCCUAGCUGGAAUGAAAAUUUUGCAAAGAACUACAAGAGGAAGGGCAUUAGGACUUUUUAGUCUGAUAGACAGUCUGUGGCCUCCAGUAGUGCCUGUAAAAGUUCCUGGACAAAGUCAAGACUCUGAAAUGAUGACAACUAAUAUUCCUCCUCCCAGCUUCUGUUAUAUUCUUACUGUUCAGUCUGGUGAAAUACAUGUGGAAGUGGAUGAGGAAGAACAGAUUUCUAAUUUGUAUCAUCCACCAGCUGUUCAUGGUCUAAAGGAAAUUCUUCAGAUCGAUGGUUGUAAUGAACGUUGUAGCUUUUGGGCGCGGGUGCUGUAUCUAAGGCUGCAGACAAAACACAGUGUUCCUAUAAAUCAAAGAGAGAUUUGGUUGUUUGUGACUGACUCCACAUUGCAAAAUGUGGGUCAUAUAAUUCAAAAAGUUGUUGCUGUGUCAGUCGCUGCAUCAUGUGUUCUCAGUACAGAAGUCACAGAAGCCCUCAGUGUUGCCUCACGACUUGUCUUCUUCAAGGAUGCGCUGUGGGGAAAUGGUAGGAUUAUUUGUGUUGAACGUACUGUUCUCUUAUUACAAAAGCCUCUUUUGUACUCGGCUGCCGGUGCUGACCUCAGUGAGCUGACUGGCCCUGUCAGACUCGAUGAGCUGGAUUCUACAACACAGGCCAACUCCAUUUGUGUUUUAAGAGGUACUGUUGUUGGAGUUAAUGAGAGCACUGCUUUCUCCUGGCCUACAUGCGACAGAUGUGGCAAUGGAAAGUUGGAACUGUGUCCCCAGGACAGAGAAUUGCUAUACUGCAGCCAGUGCUCUGAAGUUGUCAUUUCACCAGUUUUGAAAAUGCAGCUGGAAGUCUUCUUGAGCUGUCCAUCCCGAUCUCAAAGUACAGUAAAAGUAAAGCUGUUACAAAGGACAAUCUCUUCUCUCCUGAUGUCCUCCGCCAGUGAGGAUGGGAGUUAUGAGGUGCAGAGCGUGCUGGGAAGGGAGGUGGGGUUAUUGAACUGCUACGUCCACUCCGUCACCAGCCACCCCAACUGCGUUGCACUGGAGGAAAUUGUUCUUCUGGAAGCAGCUGAACUGAGCUGA